GCUAUCCGUGUUUUGAUGUCAGGAAUAAUGGCGGUUGAAGUGAUCUGCGGUGUUAGCGCAGAGAAGUAACGUCCGCUGCUUGGCCGUGGAUGGCCGUAGAGUGAUCAUUUCUUCGAGUUUCCGAUGGCGAAGUGAAGACAGGAAAACAAGGGCUGCCUCGUCAUGUCCAAGUUUGGGGCCAAGACUUACGGCCGCAAGCACGACGUCCGCCUGACCCCGCAGAUUGACCAGAUUGUCCUGGACAAAGGGGACAGCAAGGCAAGCUCUGCCAAGAUGUCGGUAGCAGCGGUGCACCGAUGGGGCGUCACUUCGUUCACAUCUCUGCGCAAGGCAAGCCAGGCAAAUGGCCAGACCGCUGAGGCCAGCGACGAAGAGCCGUUGCCUCUCGACUCGAGGGAGACCCUGUGCACGUCCGCCUUCAACGAAGAUCCCUUCAGCUUCGACGGGGAGCAGGAGGAACUGGUCACCUCCGACUUUGUCGUCAGGGGCCAGUCCUCUCGUCUGUCGAGCUCGCUCCAAGAUCAAGCCAAUUGCGUGCAGAAGACAGCGCCGAAGCCGAAGAAGUUCUUCAAGAGUCGCAACAACACCCUCUCGUCGUCCACCUCCCUUGCCUCCCAGACGUCCGCACGCGCCGUGGCGCAGUUUGACAAGUUGCGGUCUGCAUCCAACUCCGUGACCUCCAGGUCCAGAGACGGCAGAAUCGAGUCUUCUCAGAAGCCGUGGCCAGUUCCGAGCGACGACAACGUGGACUUCCGCUGUGUCAAACUGGAGAAGAUCAGUCGCGCCGCUGCGCUGUCCAAGGACUUUGCUGCGCCGGCCAUUCCCCCCGUGUCGGUGCGGCCGCCGAGUUUCGUCGUCCUGCCUCCAGCCGUGCAAGCACCACAGGGUCUGCAGCCAGUCGGGGAGGAGGUCAGGAGGCGCUCGCCGAGUCCCGAAAACGAAACGCCGCCGUUGCGUGGCCCCUCGUCGGCGAUACGGACAUACUCGAGAAAGAGGAACGCCGAAGCGACAGAUCUGUCUGCAGGAGCUGCUCCAGCAAAGAUGGCUCCGGUCGUGCCGCCUUCCCACCCGAGUUCGGCGACUUCAUCAGACCUCGUGUCCGGAUCCAGCAGUGUCGUGUCGCCGACGGUUCCCGAGACGAACUCGGACACACCGCGCGCUAACGACGUCGAGGAAUCCGCGGAUGACGGCUCCCCAGAUGCGAAGCUCGACGACGUAGCCGGGGGUUCCGGUGACGCAGCACCUCUUCUGCCGGAGGACAAGCCCCCGGAGCCAAAGGCAUCUUCUUCCAGGUGUAUCUUCAAGAGCAAGAGGAUAUUUCAAAGUCCAAAGAAGCCAAAGGCAGUUUACAAGAUGCGGCAUUGGCAAACGCCAGAUUCCGAAGAGGCCGAACAGGAACAGGAUGCUCAGAGCAAGAGCACGCUUGCUGAAGAAUUUGAAGAUGACCUUUUUGAUGAAGACCGCCUCACAAAGGAAGUUCACCAGCCUGCCAGGCCUUGGCAGGAUGCUGUCACUUCUGUCAAAUGCCCCCGAAAGGCCAAAGAGCUGUACACCGUGGUGCGGAAUGUGAAGCAGGCCUACCAGUGUCACGAAUCGGGGGAGACGCAGGAGUUCAAUGACGACAUUGAUUACCUCCUGGAGGGGGUGCAACCCAGCAAUCCGAUUGCGGCCAGGUGCCUCAGUGUGGUGAGCUUGGCAUCCAAGUGCAUGGUGCCAGCCUUCAGGAUGCAUCUACGAGCCCACGGUAUCAUGUCCAAGUUCUUCAGUGCCUUAACCGACGCCCCAUCUGAUCCUUGCCUGUCGCUGUGCACGGCGACUCUGUUUUUUGUGCUGAGCCAAGACCGGCUGACGAUGGACCUGGACGCAUCAACGCUGUCCCUGAUGCUGCAGCUCUUCGAGUCAGACCCCCAGCAGCAGGGCACAGCCAGGCUGCCACUCAGCACCCCGUCCUCGUCCUCGUCUUCCUCUUCCGAGCUCAUGGAGAGGCACCGGGAAAAGGUCCAGCAGCUCUGUGAGCAGAUGCAGCAGAAGGGGCAUGCCAAGCACCUCAACCUAAACAGAGUCAAUACUGGAACUCUAGCACUCGAGACACUCCUAAGUUUGACGUCUAGAAGAGCCGGGGAAUGGUUCAAGGAGGAGUUGCGGUUACAAGGAGGACUCACGCACAUAGUAAACACUGUGAGAGACUGCCUAUUCUAUUUUGGAGAAAAUGUGACCGUACUCCAGAGUCCCACUGAGUUUCAACUGGAAAAGCUCAGAAAGAUCGACAGGUGUUCUCGUGUCUUAGAAAACGUCACCUACAUGAACAGCGACAACCAAAUGUACCUGUUGGAGUACAAGGAUUCCCUUAUGGUGGCUUCUUAUAUCAGGUUGCUGCUGUUGUGCCAGUCGAGUCUGAUGGUGCACCACGUGAAGCUGGCCCCUGCAGGCCAGGGCGGGGGGGCAGACGUAGCCAAACCCUGCGAGAGCCAGACCACCUCGGUGGUGCUGCAGAACACCCAGGGACCCGGGGCCGUCUUCUUUUCCUGCCUCCUCUCCGUGCUAAGGGUGCUGCUCAACAUCACCCACGAGAGCCCACUGGGCAGCAGUGUGGUUGGCAGCCAGCCAGGGCUUCUGUGUGCCAUCCUGCUGUGCAUCCUCCAGGUGCCCAGGUCGGUGCCGAGUGAGCAGCGAUUCGACCUCCUGGUCCUGUCGCUGGGGCUGCUCAUCAACAUGGUGGAGCACUGCGAGAGCAACAGGGAGCGGCUCGUGAACACGGAGACCGUGGGCUCGUUUGAGUCAGUGUGUGAUGAGAUGGAGAUGCCUGCCUUCAAUGCCCUCAUGGAUCUGUUCACGGACAAGCUGGACGCUGCCAGGCUGUCGGAGGAGCAGGCGGAUGAACUGUUCAACAGCCAGGAGCAGAAGGCAAAAGCGUCCCUGGAGGCCAAGGAGGGCGAGGCGGCGCAAGUCAGCCAGACAUCCCAGGCGGACGACCUGGAGGAGACCAUCAUGAAAGCCCUCCAAAAGGCUGGCAAGCACAUGGAGCACAGCAUCAUCUGUGCGUACAUUGCCCUGCUGCUGGGCUGUGUGGUCCAGAAUAACAAGGAGUUUGCCGAGAAAUUACGAGAGCACACUCCGGACGGAAACUUCGUCGUGCUGGUGGAGGCACUCAAGAAGUUCCACAAUUUCAUCAACCUCACGGGCGUCCUCGGAAACACGGCGACCAGGAGCAUCCAACGUGUGAUAGAGGUCCUAGAGGACAGCUGAUCGUGUCCUACAACGUGCAACUUAGGUCAAUAGCAUGACGCCACCCCGAGGACUAAGGGCGACCCGGUCCGGUCACCGCGCUAGGACGGUCCCCCCCUUCCCUCUCUCAAUCUCUGUAGAUAACAUGAAACAUCCAUUUUAUUGCAGUCUCGUUGUUUUUUGUUUUGGUGUGUUUUUGGCAGUUGUGGUGAAGGUUUGCACUGCGGCUCCCGUAGAAGACUAGUUCUUUGUGUUGGGAUGAGACGUGGCUUGGGACGCGACGUGAUUAGAGAAAAUGCGCGAGCAUAAAGCGACGAGAGGUUUUCGUGUCGGGUUGUUUGCUAACGUUCUACCGAGCCGCUCAAUUUGGGGGUAAAGUGUCGCGAAUACUUAACUUCUUAUGUGGCAACCUGUAAAAAGACCCAACUUUUUGUGUCUUUAUUUUUUUUUGUCUAUUACGGGAGUUACGUUUUGAAUGCUGUUCGAAAUUUCCCUUUUGGAAGAAUCCCCUUCUUGUAAUUUCUUUGCAUUCGCAUUUUAAAUUGAAGUUGUUUUUUCUCACAUUGUGUCCUGUUUUUGCCCGCAUUUUGUUAAAUGUUUGGACAUCAGAAGGCAUAGGGAAAGUAACCAGUGUUCAUUCAAUGCACUUUUUAACCGGUAUGCCAGCUGGUUGUAUGCACUUCAGUAUUUUGUGUAGUUGGCUCAUUUUAGUUUUAUCGGUGUUACUGCUCAUCUUGGAUUUCAGUCGUGACACUGCAGUUGGUUUUGCAACGACGUUGUCUUUACCGGUGUUGGGAAGGCUUCGAGAGCAGGUUGUGCCUAAUACUGUAACGCGGUUUUUGUUUUACGCGAUGCAAAAACUGAACUUUGAAAAAGGGAAGACACCCGGGAGCUGUGACCGACAACUGGGUUUGGCUCUAGAUUCCUGCUUCCCAAGUACAAAGCAUUUUCUUUUCAAGUUUGGAUCCAAAGAAACUUCAUAUUCAAUAAACCCUUUCUUGAGUGUUGGUUGUUUCAUCUAAAAACUGACUUAUUGAGCAGAUAAUGAUCCCUGUUAACAAUUUGUGGGGUUUGCUUUAAUAUUUUACUUAAACCGGGUUGUUUACCUUGGUUAAGAUUUUAUUUCGAAAUUUUGUGAGGCCCCUUGUAACGUUUCGUGGCGAACUUUUUGUUACUUAUUUAUGCACGAAGGAUAUCCUAAAAUGCUUCAGAAUCCAUUUCUUAAACCAUUGCCGUGCAGCUCUUUGUCGGUUCAUUGUUUUGUCGGACUCCAUGAACUUAUCAGCAUUUUUGUUUUAUAUAUAUAUAUAAUGGGUGUACUACUCUUCCCGUGCCCUGGUCUCGUAGUUUAUUUGUACAAAGAUAGGUUUGUAAGGGAGUGUAGCUGGGAGUACCGAGGCAUGCACCGUGCAUUCUCAUGACGCACAUGCUCUGACCUCCCGCCUGACUGCCCCAACACAGGACUAGGGUAAGAGACGAAUCAUAUUAUUCCUUCAUUUUACUCUAGAAAGAAGCCGCUGUGCAGCAGGCUGGCUCCGAGUACAGAAGAGGCCUAUUUUUUUUGUAGAAUCGCACAGCCUGCUGGCCAGCCAGGCGACAUGUACAUAUAAAGCCAUCAGUUCCACCCCAUUUGCUUUCUUGUACAAGCGUCGCACACACACACCGGCUAUUUAUUGACUGUAAACACCUCGGUUCAUUGGAAGUUGCCUGCUUUUUACAGUUCUGUGCACCCUGUGUUAUUCUCGAAGUUGUACAAAGUUCAUGCUCCCGUGAACGUGCGCAUGGCGUGUGCUUCCCUGUUCCAUUAUUUCGUUUACCGAGGACACGGUGUUUGUAUCGGAAUAUUUAUCUACCGGACGAGGAGCAGAGCAUCCAGCGUUCUGAAAGGAGUCAAUAAAUUUUAUCAAAAGAUAAAA